AAGAAAGAUAUUGGACCCUAUACUCACAGCUGAACUGAGGAGGCACUCGGCUGAACUGGCCGUUUGUCUGUUUAACCGUUUAAACCAUAGCUGACACGUUUCCCCGGCACAUGGCAUCUCUUUGGAGCAAACGACAGAGCUUCUUUCUUCCAAGAAACCAAAGACUUUCCCUCGUGCCUGUGUUUGUUUUGACCAUGAUGAGCAACGUUCCUGUCACAGGAGGUGCUGAGAUUCAGCUCAAAGGGGAGGUCGAUGGAAAUGUGUCCUUUCUCUGCCCAGUUGAUCUAAGGCGUCCAGUUGAGUUCCUCUAUUUCCAAAGGCAAAAUCCGCUAACCUAUAUUAAUGGCUUUCAUGCAAGAAAACCCUUGCAAAACCCAUGGGAAAACACAAGAAUGGAUAAGGACAAUAUGACCGUGCACAUGUAUAACUUGAAUGUCUCUCAUCAAGGAGUUUAUGAAUGUUUCGUUGAAUACAAUGACCGUCAUCACACAGAUAAAACCUACGUCCUCAGCAUCACAGCAAACUACAGGAAACCUGCAAUCACAAUACUCAGCUGUAAUGAAAACCAUUGCCUUAUGACAUGUUCCUCACAUGGAGGUUACCCAAGAUCCAAGAUUACAUGGAACAUACCGGAGACUCAGAUGAUGAAAGAAGUGAACCGCAGUAAACUAGUUGAAGAUCCAGACACUUUGACAUACAACAUCUCUAGUAUCAUCCAAUUCAACUGCUCACUAGGAGAAAUAGAGAUGAUAAGCUGCUCUGUUGGGGGGGUGGACUCCGAGAGGCUUUCUGUUUGUGCACCCAAGGAUCCACCUGGUUCUUCACAAAACAACAUUCCUGUUAUAAUUGCAGUAGCAGCCAUCGUUGUAGUGUCAUGCAUUAUCAUGGCUGCAGUGUAUAGGAUGUGGAAGGCCAAGAAAAGGCGGGAAGCAGCAGCAAAUGUGAAUGUGGAGUACAAGUUGGUGAAUGGAAAUGAACAGGAAAAUGCCCUCAGAGAAGGAGAAGGGGCAUGUUGAGUGUUGUGUGGUUGAACGAGCUACUCCGAUGCUUCAUCAGUAAUGUUCUAGAAUCUAGGACUGAACUGUUCGUCACUCGAGUGUACAUUACAUGUGUGACUUAAAACUGACCAGUUACUAGGGAUCACAUGCUGCAAGGAUUUCCCUGGACAUCUUGUUAGUCUUUGAGGAAGUGUUAAAAAUAGUAUCCUUUAAAUGGUAACAUGCACUGAGUACUUUCUGAGGAAAAACUCCUGACUUCCUAAAAGGAAAGGUCUUCUCACAGGGUUUGUUUGAGAAUGUUGCAUGCUGGAGAUCAGUCUUGGAGAAACACAUUAAGCAGUGAAAUUAACAGGCAGGAAUACUUUGCUUCACAUGUGAUGAAAUACAUAUUUCACCAGUUAAAUGAUGUCUGUUACACAUUUUACAAGUCUCAUCAUGGACUGUGUUUCAUCAUCAGAAAUGACAAUGCAUUUCUAUCAUUUCUCAUGCUUUGUUUCUCCUAUAUGACAGCACAGAUAUGUAUGACGUCAGGGUUAAACUGUGAUAAUUUUUUUUACAUGUUGUAUUUAAGGCUAUAAUAAGAGUGACAAUGUUCAUUCAAACUGAUCAUGGUACUGUAGAGCCUCAGAGCGCGCUCAGGGUUGUUGUACUAUUAUCAAAAACUUGGAAGAAUGUAAGAAUAUUGUACUUUAUCAAUGAACAUGAAUGUUUUCUAUAUUUAUAUUGUGGUUAUAUUGUAAUUUCAAUGUUUCAACUGUAAGGUGCAAUAUGAGAACUGGCCAUUUGUUCACAUGUACAGUGCAAUAUUAACCCCCCAAAAUUAUUUUUUUCUUAAAUAAUUAGAAUUUGUUUUCCACAUGCUUAGUAUUACUGUGUUCCUCAAAGCUGUGCCAUAUUUUCACAGGUGGCUGUUCUCAUGUAAAAAAAAGUAUAUAAUUUGUUAUUCAUUUGAUACCUCCUUUUCUCCUUUUAAUGUGAUUCCCCACCAACUAUUUAUCAUAUUUUCAAAGAAACUUUAUUUUUCUUAUAUCUUUAAGACAGAAAAAAACUACAGGUUUUGUCUUUUUCUCUUACCAGAUCUGUAUUAGACACUUUUUGUGAAUACUUUUUUUACUCUGUUUUGCUGUUUAGUUUCACCAUCUCAGUCUUUCUGUAUCACUGUUUGUAACUGAUAUUAAAAUGUACCGUCAAUUAGACCUGUAAAGUUUGAUCUGUAUUUUUGCACGGAG